AUGUAUUGCAUCAUCAAGAUGUGGAUUACAAUAUAUUAUGAACUAAUAUUUAUAAUAUUUGUUAUUUGUGACAAUGAAGACAUUAAAACAAGUCGGACUGUUGUGCUCGACUACUCAGAUCUCGCUCAGGAGGCUGAGAGUAAUAAACAUAAUAUACUUAAAUUUUUGAACCAAACAAGAGUUCAAUUGAAAUAUAAAACUCAAUUUAAUAGAUUACUUCAUAAAUUACAAGCUACCUCAAAUACAUCAAGAAGAGGUCCAACACGUAGAAUAGUGGCUGGUGUUAAUACAUCGAUAGCUGCGGUUCCCUGGCAAGUCUCUUUGAGAGAGAAGACGUAUCCCAUAUGUGGAGGUUCAGUGGUUACUUCAUUGUGGCUACUCACAGCGGCACACUGCCUCUUACGGCCACGUGCCAGUGAGUUAAGUGUUCGUCUCGGUUCCUCGUGGAAGACUCAUGGUGGUGAGAUGUAUGAUGUCAAACAGUCCUAUGUCCACCCUCAAUAUGCGAGGAACACAAAAGUAAACGACGUCGGCCUCAUCAAACUUUACUCUCCACUGAGAUUUUCUUCACGAGUUCUUCCUAUUAAGAUGGUGGGGAAGGGAAAUCGCUUGCCGGCCGACCAAGCUGCUGUGGUCUCUGGAUGGGGAAAGUUAAAGGAAGGCGGUCCCAGUGCUACAUUUCUUCAAUCUUCCACUAUAAAAACAAUUGCGAUGAAACUCUGUCGGAAUUCCGGCUUAGACAGGAACCCUAUAGAUCCAGGGUCCAUGUUCUGUGCAGGAGCCUUCAGUCAGCCCUCGCCUGAUGCUUGCCAGGGUGACAGUGGUGGUCCUAUAGUAAGUGAGGGUAUGUUGAUCGGCGUGGUAUCCUGGGGUCUUGGCUGCGCUCGUGGCAACUUCCCCGGCGUUUACACUCGACUCUCAGCCCCUGUGAUAUGGGACUGGGUCCAUGAACACAUCUCACAAGACUCAUAA